UGUUUCUCAGAUUGGCAAAAACUUGUAAGUAGGCUAGCCUGUCAAAUCAGUUAUGAAAAUCAUUAGCGAAUCAUCAUAAUUCACUUAACAGGGACAAGAGCUAGGAUAUUAUGCAACCUUAUUACGGCACAUCUUAGGAAUCACGCUGAACACUGGCUAAAAAUUCCACUCAGUUUCUUAUGAAGUGUGAUACGAUACGUAGCCCCAAAUCAAACGUUUUUGGUUAUAGACCUUCAUUGUGGUAGCUGUUCCGCAGAUAUCAAUUACAAAAUGUGAUAAAUGUAUAUGUAUAUAUGAAGUAUUGAUGUAAUCAAUGUUUAAAGUGUAUUCAUUUUUUUCUAACCUAGGCAACUGGGUAUUCUCAAUUUACACGUAUGGUACAUGAUAUUCCUAUUUAAGUUUGGUUUCUUUUAGUAUCUGUAGUGCAGCUUUGCUCCUUAUUAAGUACAAACAUUUGUGUUUGCGAUAAGUCUGGAGAAUUUGAAAUAGGACAUUGCAUAUUCACAAAGGGUUUCGGCAUCCAUAUUUCGUAAAAAGCACAUCGUAGGCAUCUAAGUUUUCAGCUUCUAAAAGUGGACGCACAACCAUUCUGGAGGUAUUUCACUGUCUCUUCAACCACUGGUUCUCACUACUGGGGAGUUUAAGACCGAUGUAAUUUGCAUGUAAACGGAAUGUCUGUUGAUUCUUUAUUCCCACUUAAAUUUCCGCACCCAGUAAUUCGUUUUCUGUAUCUUAGUUUCUAGUGGUAUUCUAUGGUAAAUAGCCUGAAAAUCAUCAACUGUUAAAUUAUACCAGUCGGCUGAAAUGUCAUUUUUCACUAAAAAACGUCGUUCAAAUUCAUCUGCUAAACUGAAGCGCUCAAAGAUGCGAAAACUCACUGAAGCCAAUGAAGCACCGAUCGAUACGCCUACAAGGGAUGAUGUCGUCGUUGUCGCAGAAGAAAAUUUAGUCAGGCCAUUAUUAAACAAAAUUGCCCCAGAAGAAGAAUCAAAUCCGGUUAAUGCUGCAUGUAAUGUCUCCUCCAGUGUAGACAAAUUAACUUGUAUGUCUCCUUCCCCUGCUGUCUACCGUGAACCAGUUUUGACACGUGUAGCUGCGAGUCUACGUAAUUCACCCUCGGAAUCAUCAGAUUCCAUGCCAGCAUUACACAUUUUGGAUCAGUGUACCAUUAUUAAUGGUAGGAAUAGUAAUUAUAAUGAUGAUAAUAAUAAUAAUAAUAUGAAGACGAAACAUCCCGAUACUUUAACGCUACCGUCAUCGUUAACAUCUUCACCAUUGGUGGUGGUUACUGGGCAUGAAAACAAUAAUGAUGAAUGUGUUAUGGAGGGAUUGAAAGGUAAUAACUAUUUAACAAAAUCUACUGUAACAAUAAUAACUGAAGAAGAGGACAACGGUAACAACACUAACGCUAGUCAUCAUAUCAACAGCCAUGAGGAUUCCAAAUUCAAUAGUGGAUUUUGUCAAAACCAAUUAAUGAGACAUGAAUUGAAUUCACUGUUACACUUAACAACUAACAUACCGUCUACAUCAAAUGCAAUAGACAACUUACGCUUAGCCUUCGACGAUAUUAAAAGUUCAAUUUACAAUGCCUUAGGAAAAUUUGAAGAGAAACUCGAUGUUUCAUCGAACAGCACAAUACAGCCUUGUUUGCAUCCGAUAACAUCAGAGAUUGCAGUUCAAACAGACAACGAUAAUAAUAAUAAUAAUAAUAAUAAUAAUAAUAAUGUCGACUUGGAUGCCUCACAAUCACCAUUGUCAAACUCAUCAUCAUCAUCACCCUCAUUGCAAAUAUUUAAAGAAACUGAAUGUAAAGCAAUACAAACCGAUGGGGAUCAUCAUGAAUACUCUUUGUCAGUAUAUAGUUAUCGUGAGCCUACCUUUCAAGAGCAAUCAUUGGAAGAAGAACUGCUGCGCAUGGAAAAAGAGAAUCAACGCUUGAAUGUACUAGUUGAGUAUACACGUGCUGAAAUGACAAUGGAAAUGAAUCGUCGAAUCGCUGAAUUACGUCAAGUAUGGGAAUGUGAACUAUUGGCUAUUUUAGAGACAGCUGGUAAAAUUUGGGAACAAGAUAUGAUACAGACAGUUGAUGAAGCGAAAAAACGUCAAUGGUGUGCUUAUUGUGGAAAUCUGGCGUAUUAUUACUGUUGUUGGAAUACAUCGUAUUGUAACAAUACAUGCCAGACAAAACACUGGACAGCACACUCCCAAUCAUGUGUACAAGCCAUAGCCCAGUUGUGCAACUACAGUACUGCAAUUGCUGGUGGUGGUACUACCAAUACUAGCACUACUACUACUACUACUACUAUUAGUACUACUACUACUAAUCCUACUACCAAUGUUCAUAUUAAUCCUACUACUCCUAGUGGUUCGAAUGGUUUAACACUGUAUCCUAAAACUUCUUCAUCGAUUUUGAAUCAUCCAAUUCCUGUUGAUCCAACACUGCAUCCUUCAAAAGCAACAAUAACAACACACAUAUUACCUCCUCAUUAUGUUCAUCAUCAUCAUCAUAAUCAUCAUCAUCAGCAUCCACUACAACAACAGCAGCAGCAGCAACAACAACAGCAACUGCAACAGCAACAACAAUCACAUCAUCGAAUAAUUUUACCACAUCCAUCUUAUAAUAAUAAUAACAAUAAUAAUAAUGUUAGUGUUAAUGGAUCGUCACAAACACCAACACCAGUUGUUAUUGUUGGUCGACCGUCAGCCUUAUCAUCAACAACGAGGCAUGCAGCACGAAUUAGGACAGAUUAA